CCCUCAUCAAAGUCAACAUUGAGGGUAAUGCUUAACAAUCAAAAGCUGCACUCAAUCAAUUGAACUGGUCUUAUUAUAUUUAUGUAUAUGUAUUAUAUAUUCUGAGUUGUGAAUUAGUCUGGUCCUCUCAAAGCUUGCAUUUGAAUCUCUUGAAGAAGAAGAAGAGAUAAAAGCAUAUCUUACAGAGAGGAAGGGGGGGGAUGGGUAGGUUUGUAUGGGGAACAUAUCCUGUUCUGGGGUUUGUUUUGGUCAUAACAGUACCUGGAGCUCUUGCCUGGAGCAAAGAAGGCCAUACCAUGACCUGCAGAAUAGCACAGGCAUGUCCAAGUCUCCACUGAUUUGGGAAAUUGACUCAAAGAAGAUAGUACAGAUCAUAUACGGUUUCAAAGUCUUUUCAUCACUGCUAGAUGCAGGGGCAGAUGAGGCGAUGAAGAAUUUGUUGCCGGAUUACGUGAAAGGAGACUUGUCAGCUCUGUGCAUAUGGCCAGACCAGAUCAGAAUUUUGUACAAGUACCGUUGGACCAGCCCUCUUCAUUACAUCAACAUUCCUGAUAAUAAAUGCUCUUUCGUUUAUUCCAGGGAUUGCCAUGAUUCUAAUGGUGUGCAGGGCAUGUGUGUUGCUGGCGCCAUCAUGAACUUCACUUCACAGCUUCUGCAUUACGAAGAAGGCACCGAUGAUCCUCCACAUAAUAUGACUGAGGCCUUGUUGUUCUUGUCUCACUUCGUGGGAGACAUUCACCAGCCAAUGUAUGUUGGGUUCGCCGGUGACGAAGGAGGAAACGCUAUAGCCCUUCGCUGGUUCAGGCACAAAUCUAAUCUCUACCAUGUUUGGGACAAAGAGAUCAUUGUCACUGCUUUAAAAGAUUAUUAUGAGGACAAUUUGGAGCUUCUCUUGAAAGACAUAGCAAGGAACUACACAGAUGGUAUCUGGUCAGAUGAUGUUCCAUCUUGGAGUCACUGUGAAGACCUCUAUAACUGUGUAAAUAGGUGGGCAAAAGAGAGCAAACAAAUAGCUUGCAAAUGGGGUUACAAAGGGGUUGAAUCUGGCAUGACUCUUGCAGACAAGACAAUUCAACUUUGUCAUAUUUACACACAAUCUUUAUUAAACUCACAUCUGCAAGAGCUGAACUGUACAGAUUCACCACAACUGUGAAAUGUUCAUGUGCAUGCAUGUGUAUUUUAUAUACAGAUGAUUACUUCAACACGAGGAUGCCCCUGGUGAUGAAACGAAUAGCUCAAGGUGGGAUUCGAUUGGCCAUAAUUCUGAACCAGGUUUCCGGGGGCACUAUGGAAGGUUUUUCUGCUGCAGCUUAAGCGCUCUCACCACUACAGAUAGGGACAGCAAAAGCCAGUUGUCUAACCCAAUUUGUAAUAAUGUCAUUUCUUGUCAUUGUUAAUAAUUUAGUAUUUCAAUAAUUGCAAUGUUAUGCUUGAUGGUUGUCAUAUUGAAGGACAGAAAGAGAUGAAGACAUAUGCUCUUA